UUAGCCGAAAACGGGCAGAGUUUUGUAACUUUUAUUAUUUUUUAGGAUGCACGUAGCCUAUAUACGAACACCUUUGGAAAUUUUAAAUUGCAGCUGAAGCUGUGAAGUAAAAAAUACCCAUCCCAUUAAUCCGCGGUGUAAGAAACUGAGCAGUGUGUUUGUUUGGCUGCUCACGCUAACUGUUUUGACUUUUGCUGCUCGUUGAAUAAUUUCCUACCGUCAGUACUGUAUUCUUGAAUGCCUUGACAGAAACCUGGAUUUUUUAUUCUGUGUAUAUUAUUAUAUUGAUUAACAACUGGGCUCCUGUUGAUACCUUGUUUCCUUUGGAUAAUCUAUCUGUAAACGCAAUGAGCGGUCCUGCACCUGUGUCGAGGUACGCGCAGAUGAUGACGCGCCUCAGUCGUCGCAUCUUCAACGAACCCGCUCGCCCGAUGGACACCGAAGCCAACCGCAUUGUCAAAGUGUUAGGCGAGUGGCCGCGAGAGAAACAAGGCUAUAUUACCAACUAUUAUCCGCCCCAUCCGCAGAUCUGGAAGAUGAUCCGGACUCUGCGCGAUCACGGUCUCUUUCGCGACGAACAUCUGGACUUCAACGAGGAGAUGGAGCGACAGCGGGCGCUGCGCGGCAAACCCCGACCGCACUACAAAGUGCAGACCAAGAAGAAGACGGAGGCAGCGGCGGCGCCUGGCGCACCCGCUGCUGCAAAGAAAAAAUGAGUUGCUGUUCGCCAAAAUUGGAGCGAUUUUUUUUUUAUUGGAGCGAAUUUGUGUAACAAAACCAUAGGUCAGCGGUUCUUGUGGUGUAUGGGCUGAGUGAACUUGUCCCAUUUGUACUGAACUGAUUGGUCACGGUGUCCUCUGCUGCUUAACAGCAAAAUGUGCAAUUACCAAAUGUCCAGUUAAGACAUUAUUGUGCAAUAAAUUCAUAUUCAAUGGUAAUUAUUGGCAGAC